AUGCUGGAUGAGCUGGCAGGGCUACACGUGGAACUCGACCCUCCUGACGUGGCAGGGCGGAGCCAGCUGGACGAUCGCCUGGAUGUCGCCGACGACGCCUUUUUCCUGCUGCGAGGGCUCUGCGACGCACCGCUAGAACCGCUAGAAGCCGCUUUAGUCGACGCGGCAGGGGAGGCGAUUCCCUUGGGGCUAGGUAGCAGCUGCGGCUUCCCGCCAAAAGCGGCGGCAGAUGCGCUGGCGGAGUCUUUCGAGGGAUACGCUGGCGGAGUGGACGGCGCGGAUCGCGGGCUGGUUGAGGCGGAAAGCGCGCGCGCGCGCACCUUGGUCAUGGGCGCGGACUCGGAGCGGGAAAGGAAGCUUCCGCGCGGCUUCGUGGUCACCGGGGAUUUGCAUGCGGCUGCUGCGCCCGCUGAUCUGCUCACGCGGGAGGGCUGCGGGGAGUGGGGUGAGUCGGGGCCGUCGCGCUCCGGGGAGACCUCCCGAGAGCUGAACCCGAAGCAGCCCAUGGUAAUGGAGAGUGGUUUGAUUCGGUCUGGGCCGGUAUUCUCGGAUCUGGGACGGCUGCGGGAAGGCGUGAUCUGCGUCAAGCCAGAACAGGAGGAUGACAGGAAUAACCAGCGGCGGAGACUUUACGGCUUGGAUAAAGAUCUAGUCAAGAGCUUUCCAACCUUUGUUUUUGCUCCUGAGCAAGCCAAGGAGAGCGACUGUGUCAGUUACCGCCAGUGCUGCAUCUGCUUACAAGACUACGAACCAGGCGACGAAAUCAAAUCUCUUCCGGUUUGCGGUCACAGGUUCCACGACUCGUGUAUCGAUAUGUGGCUGGAAGGGAAGAGAACUUGUCCGGUGUGCCGGGCGAAUCUCAGACCCAAACCAACUGCCGACAGCGGAGCAAAGUCGUCGGCGGACGGCGAACACGAGGAAGCAGAUGUCGCGAUUGUCAUCGGUCAACCUUGCGACAGCAACGGACAAAUGUCGUCCGCUGCUGCCAACAUAACCCGCAACUACGGCCUCGACGCGUCAUCGACGAGCAUCAUCGUCACCAUCUCCGCCAUUCUCCUCGUCCUCGUCUCCUUCGCCUUCUGUUUGUCCUUCGUGCGGAACCGAGCCUUUGCCCGCCGUCGCCGGUCGAAUCUGGCGCUCGAAAAUGGCGGCGCCGCACGCGGGAGGCCGGGAACGCGGGGAUUGGAUGAGGAGCUCGUUAGGUCUUUCCCCACGUUCAUAUUCUCCCCGGAAGCGGCGGAGAGCGGUCGAUUCGUGGCGAAUGGCGGCGUAAAGUGGGGAAUACCAGGAGAGGACGGCGGAGGAGAUAAGGAGGGCGGAGAUUCACUACCAAAUUGGGGGGAAGAAGGGGGAUUCCGCGAGUGCGCGGUGUGCUUGGCGGAGUACGUUUCCGCGGACAUGCUGAAAUUGCUCCCCCCUUGCGGGCACGUGUUCCACGUGGACUGCAUCGACACGUGGCUUCAAGGAAAAUCGACCUGCCCGAUAUGCCGCCGAGAGAUAGGUCAGAAUGCUGACGUCAAGGAAGGAGAUUCAGAGGGAGGAGGCGCAGCGGGAGAUGGAGGAGAGCAAAGCGAGAGGGGGGAGCAAGGGGAGAGCAGCACUGGGGGAGGUGUAGCGAGUCUGGAAGCCGACCGAGAGGAGUUAGGGCAGCAGGCAGUGACGGAGAGUGCAGAUAGGACGGAUAACCCGCUAACUCGCGCCAAAGAUCAUCCCAAGAUCGCACACGCGUUGGCGGAACUAGCCGUGGAGCAAGGGCCUGAUUCCAUCACAGCUUCGCAAAAGGAAGCUGCGGAACAGCUGAUGGGCCUGGUGGUGGCGGAAGGAGCGGAGGACCAGGCACUGGCGGAAGCAGCGGCGCAGCUGCUGGCGAUGACGGCAGCGGACGACAAGAAGAAUCCGCAUCUCAUGCACGUGGACCGAUGGGUCUCCACGUGCUGCGGCGUGCUCAAGCGAUGCAAGGCAGCGAGCGAUAGCAAGAGGCGGAAGAGCAUCUCACAAGCUGACGCCGCCAAAGCGGACACAGCAACAGCGGCAGUAGCAGGAGGAGACACAGGGGGAACGGAGGAGGCAGUGAGCGAGGCGCUGCUGGUGUGCAUGGCGAGCUGUCUGGCGGACCUGAUGAACAACCCGCGCAGCACCAUCGUGUGCAGCACGCGCGCGCAGGAGAUCUUCCAGUGCCUGCAGCCCGUGCUGCUGCUCCCGCGCGUCUCCAACCGCCUCCUCUACUUCCAGGUCUGCCGGGCCAUCUCCGAGGUGCUGCAUCCGUCCACGUGGCCCAUGAACCAAUCCGCUGCCGUUCCCAAGCGCCUGCUGGAGCGGUUGAUUGAUCUCAUCACUCCGGUUAAAGCGUCCAGUGCUGGUGGUGUGAAAGGUGCUGAUGGGUCGGGUGAUAAGGAUGCUGGUGGGAAUGAAGCGGAUGCGACUGCUGCUGCUGCUGCUGGUGCUGUUCAGAAUGUCGCUGAGAAUGGGGUAGGGGGGGAGCGUGAGACAGAGGCCACGGAACCCGCCCUGGCAAACGGCACAGCUGCUGCAGACGCAGAGGUCGCCAAAGCAGCAGGGGCAGAGGCAACAAAAGCGGCAGCGGCAGCAGGGGAGCAGGAGGGCGGCGGCAGCGAGGGCAGCAGCAGCGAGGGCGACUUAACCGAGUCGUUGAUCCACAUGCAGGCGUGCAAGGCGCUGCUCGUGAUGGCCACGAACGGCGCAGCGGAUCUGAUCGUGCAGCACGUGCCCGGGGUGAUAGGUGCUCUGGAGCGGCUCAGGCAGGAAUCGGGCGUGGAGGAGGCUGUCGUUCAGGCUGACGCCGCGCUCAUGGCUCUCUGGCUGUCCCCCAAAGGAUACGCUCUCACCAACCCCGAGCUGCGCCCGGUGGUAGCAGCACACCUGCUGCGGGUGCUGGGCUCGCCAGAUCUGGUGGAUAACCACCAGGACGUCAGCCUGGCUCUGGUGACGUCAACCAUCAACCCCGACGCCGCCACGCGGGCCAGCAUGCUCCAGCUGUACGCGGGACUGCUGAGUCAGCAGCUGGAGCUCACGCACAUCCUGAUUGGCCACGUGGACGACACUGACAGCCUGGCACACCAGAGCGUGGUAUACUUCGUGUUGCACACAUGCGAGUCAGAGGACUGUGCCAAGGCCUUCACAGCCAACCAGGCCGACUGUGAGGCACUCGUGGCAGCGCUGGUGGUGGCAGCACAGGCAGAGAACCACUAUGCGCCCAUCGCUGUCCUUGUCCGCCUGGCUAGCCGACCUAGCACCAGGGACCAAGUCCUCACGCACAUUGACACCAGAACGCUCAAUCGCUUGCGCGCCAUUCCCGGGACUCGCGCUCGACGAGAGGUCGAUCAACUGGCUGCGGCAUUUGCAGAGUACAAGGGAGAGAAGCCGCCAGAACGCACAGCAUCAAUGCCAUCAGAGGAGGAGCAGUCCAAAGAGGACAUUCUGAGGGACAUUGUGCGCAGCCAGUCCCACAGGAGCCUCAAGUUGAGAACUGCAGGCGGAAAUAGCUUUGAGGAUUUGCCAGGAGCUGCUGGAAGUGUGGCGACAGAAAUUGGUGCAGGUGCUGCGGCACCGGUUCCGUCAUCGGGUGAUUCAUCCUCGUUAUUGGAUCUCAACGUGGACGUAUAUGGAGGCAUGGAUCAGGUGUACCUCAAAGCAGCCGGCAUGCGCAGUGAUUUCACCAUCACGUUUGGCGCUACAGUCAACUACCAACUUCACAAGUUCCCCCUCUAUUCCAAGACUGACUAUUUCUCCAAGCAUGCUGUGGAGGAGGAAAAGAGCACUUCCAGGCGGAAUUCUGGAGAUCCAGAGAGCUCCGCCAAUGGGAAGCGAGCCAGGCUCGACCUCUCCAAUCUCCCAGGCGGAAUCGAGACCUUCAAGCUUGUCGCAUGCUUCUGCUAUGGCGUUCCCAUUACAAUCACCCCUGAUAACGUCACAGCUCUUUACUGUGCAGCUAUUUACCUUGAUAUGAGAGAUGACCCCCGAGCUGCCAUGUGCGGUGGCCCCUAUGACUGUAACCUGCUUACCCUCGCAUCUCGCCACCUCACCUCGUAUCUCUCUCACCCCCGGGCUGCUCUCACCGUGCUCCAAUCGUGUGAUGCCAGCUCAGCAAUCCGGGCGAGUGCUGAGUCAGCAGGGCUGCUGCAGAGCACUGUGAACGCGGUGGCACGACUGGUGGUGAAAGAAGCGGGGAAAGGUCAUGACGCUUGCGAUGUCUCAGAUGGUGAUGCUGCUGCCACUGCUGCUGCUACUGAAGCAGACAAGGCACGCAGGGAAGAGAAGGCCAAGGAUAAGGUUACAGGUGAAGGUGCAAGCGAAGUGGAGGGAAAGAUAGUCUCGGUUGGCCCUGUGCCGCUGUGGCUGUCGCCGCAGCUGCUGCAGCUGACCCUCCCCACGUUCGUCCAGCUGCAUGCUGCCGUGAGCGCCAUGGGCAUGAGUGCGCUGCAUCUCUGUGCUCUGCUUGAGGCCUACUGCAACACGUGGCUGCCAUUCCCUGUGGACGUCCCGUCCACGUCCACAUCACCUGCAGCCACGUCAGCAGACGCCCAGACGACCUCCACGUGGAAACCAACUCUAGAAGCAGCAGUGGCACUGCUCUUUGCACUCUCAGCCGCGACCUCCGCGUCAGGCCAGGCUGCAAGGGGGGCUGGGGGCCUGCCGUCCAUUCAGCUGCUGGUGCGACUGCUGCGCCUCUGCCCUGAGGUCGAUGCGAGUGAAUCUGCCAAGUCGCACCUGCAAACCAUGAUCGGUUGUCGGAUCACCGAGUGCCAAGUCGACCACCUACUCCCGCUUCCUCCAUCUGAGAUCCUCGCCCUUCUCGCAAUCUUCACUUCAAGCACGCCUGCUACUAGCACGCCUGCUACUAGCGCCCCUGCUACAAGCACUCCUCCAGCUGGGUCUGCUGCAGCAGCUGUGGAAGGCUCAGGCGCUGCCAGCCUCUCUCAGGCUGCCUUACUUUUGGACAGUUACUUGAAGGCCAUCUCCACCUCUCCCAACAGCAGCAGCAUCAGCCCUGACUCCUUCGUAUCCCUUGCAACCGCACUGCCGCUCACCUGCCGCCCCUCACACGAUGCUCUCUAUGAGGCAGUGGCAGCCUACGUAGCAGCCAAGGGAUGGGGGUUGGGGGGGUCUGGGAAAGGAGGGGAAGGCGGUGGAGGCGGAGAGAGAGGAGGCGAGGAUGUUAAGCUCCUUGUUGGUCUGAUUCAGCCUGAGAAACUGUCAGAGCCAGUGGCAGAUGCUGCGUCAUCCUCCUCCCUCUGGCCGCCCUCCUUCACAGUGGCAGUGCUGACGUGGCAGAAACAGCACUCGAAUCCAAAGCGCGCCCUAAGGGUGGCACCACCGCCCUGUCACUACCCUCCUUCCCUAUGCUCUGCCUUCACACACGAGACCGCCGCAGCACGGCUCGCGCGCAGAGCAAUGCGCUCCCGAACGGCCCAUUCGAACACGGAAUCGGAGGUAGAGGACGAGCGGCGGCUGGUUGACGCAACGGCGCGGCACCGACUCGAGCAAUGCGAGCAGGAAUGCGUGCCGACAGACUCUAUUCUUGAAGGGUUGCGGGGAAUAGUGUUAUUAGCGGGAGUUCCAAUAGCGGGGGUUCUCGUAGUGCUGGUCGCGGUGGUAGAUCGCGUCGCGCGGUUCCACAUCUCGAGCCGCCGGUCGCUUCGCGCGCGCCAGUUCGAAUCCGCGGCGCUGCCGUUUUCCGCCGUGCGGUAA